UGUACUGCCAGACAUUGUGUUAAUGUUUAUUUAUUUAUGUAGAUGGAAAUUCCUACAUUCCGAAGGGCCCCUAAUGGGACCCUUCUGUUGAAGGCUUCGGCCGAAGCCCAAGCCCUUGCCCUCCGGCCCCCUGGCAGCCAGGCCCCCUACAGGGCCAAGCAGCCACAGGAGGUGGAUGCGGAGGCCUGGGCCCACGUCAACUCCGAGGGUGGCGACACCACCAAUGCCACCCUCAUCCUGAGCCGGUGGAAGGUCCAGUUUGGUAAAUACCAGGGGAAGACCUUCCACUGGCUACUGGAGAAUGACGUGGGCUACAGCGUCAAUCUUGUGGCCUCCCACAAGAAGGAGCGAGAGAGGACAGGGUCUCAGUCCCCGCUGAUGGCCAACAAGGAUGCCUUCACCCGCUACUCCUCGGCGUCCCCUGACUUUAUGGAGGCAGUCAAGUUCCACCAGGCGUUCGAGGAGGCGCGGGUGAAGUCCCUCCAGCCCGGGCAGGAGGGACAGGCACUUGUUGGCUUCUGGGACUUCAAAUUUGAGACCCUGCAGAGCCUGUAUGAGUCUGGGGACUCCAAAAAGAUCCGCUUUGUCAACUACCUCCAGAGGAAGGCGCCAGCUCCCGGCACGCAGAUGGAGAACGCCGCACACUACAUCCGGAAGAGAGACAGAGAGCAGAGAGCCAGGGCUGCUGCUGCAUCCACCACAAACACCAGCAGCGGCAGCAGCAGCCAAGCCUCUGUCUAG